AUGGGAGAAACACCUGAGAAGUCGGAAAAGGAAGUAAAGGGGCUUUCACUAUGCUCAAGACGGAGACAAGAAAUUAUUCACCUAAAGAUAUUAGUGCCAUCUAUAGCGGUUGGUGCAAUUAUUGGAAAAGGAGGAGAAUCGAUUGCGAAGAUUCAAAAAGAAACAGGUGCAAGGAUAAAGCUGUCCAAAGUAAAUGAUCUGUAUCCUGGCACAGAAGAAAGAGUUUGUCUCAUUCAAGGUACUUUAGAAGGUGUAACUCGGAUGCACAAUUACAUAAUGGAUUGCGUGUUAGAAAAACCAGAGUGUUCUGAUACUCCUGGAACGGUUGUGUCAUGUGUUACGACUAACACAGCGCCAGCUUCGCAUUCUGAAAGUAUUGCCCCAAGUUCCACUGCUCCGGAUGACUCUGGCCAUGGUGUAACACAUUUGAAUAGAGGGUCUACGUGGACUCAUGGUUUGGAAUCCUCAGGAAAUCGUUUACCAUGGGGAAGACAUAAGCAGGUUAAGAUUUUGGUGCCUAACUGCACUGCUGGUCUUGUAAUCGGAAAACUGGGUAGUUAUGUUCGAGAGAUAAAAGACAGAACUGGAGCUUUUAUACAAAUAUCACAGAAGUCUGUUGAGAUAAAUUUAUUGGAACGAUGUAUUACUAUUGCGGGUGAACCUGAUCAGUGUCGUGCAGCUGUCGAUUUAGUUCUAGCGAAAAUAGCAGAAGACCCUCAGUCGGCCAUUUACCCUGUAAUUUCCUACUCACAUGUGCGUGGUCCUGUUGCAAGUGCUUACCCGACCGGAUCACCUUUUGCAAUCAUGCCAGCAGUUCGUUUUCCGCCAUGUCAGGCUUCGCAUUUACAAUUACCCCCUGGACGUGGUGUGUCAGGCGGUGGUAUUGAGGCAUGGGACGGAAAUGCAUCAGGUGGUGUUGGCUUCUCGCCUGUUUCAAAUCCGUUUGGGUCAUCUCUUUUUCAAGCAGCUUUACUCCAAUUUCAAGCUGCUGCUAUAGCGGCCAAUUUAAGCCCAACUAACUACUAUCCUACCUUGUCACCUGUCGAUGCAACUGCAGCUGAUAUGUCCACCUUAACUGCUCAUGGAUUGUCUACUAACAUCAGUUAUAUGCCAUCUGAAGACCCCAGUAUUCCACAACCAGCUUUACCGGAUUAUGGGCAAGGGUUAUAUUCGUCUACUCCCACUGCAAAUGUUCCUCUGUUUGGUGGUAGUGGAGGCGCAAGUGGAAGUGGUGCCAAUCCCAGUGGAGCAAGUGGGGGGCCUGGAGGGACUUUGAUACAUGAAGGUGGUUGGCCUGUUGCAGAAUCUCAAAUUCAGACGCCGGCGUGUUAUGACGCUGCCUAUCCGGGACCUCUAAACUUCGCUUUCUAUCCAGCCAAUCAGUCAUUGCUAUCUGCGAUCGCUUCUAGACAUCCUAGUGAAUCAUACCAGUCUCGUGGAGAUGUAUUUGCGCAAGCCAACCCGUAUAUGACUGCAAUAUCUCAACAAUCUUUCACUAUUCCUUACACUACUGCUCCAUCUUUAGUUGGUAAUACUGGCGGAAAUCCUGUCGGUGUUCCUCAGAUAGACCCAGGAAGUACUCAUCUUGCUACACUUUAUCCUGGAAUGUCACCUUUGUGUUUAUCUCAACAAUAUCCAACAAGUGUUGCCUCAGAAAUGGAUGUUAAAGUUCCACCUGUUGGGCAGCAAUCACCUUCAUUGAAUGAACUGUUAAGUUCAUUACGUUUAAGCUGCAACACUGAAGAUGUCGUAUCCGAAAUAAAUCAAGCUUUUUCAACAUUAUCACACCAUGGGUUUUUGAAUUUGGCUGGAGCAGGACCAUUCCCUCUCAUAUCACCUACAGGUUCACAACCACCUCGUUAUAUUUCUCCUCUAUUUGCCACACAUCCACCGUCAUCAGCGACAGAUAUCAGGUCUAGUACAAUACUACCCGAUGAUGCUUCGGUUGGUUUUUUCCCUGGUGUGCGCUCAUCUACUGUUUGUGAUACUGGUUUCAUCAACACUACUAGGCAAACAGCACCUUCAUAUUCAGACGCUUCUAGUAGCUUUCAUCCAAGUAGUCAGAGUUUUGAAACACCCAUUUCAAAGCAAACUCAACCUUUCUCGGAGACCAUUUCACAAUAUCAGCAUCAUCACUCCACACAGUCAUCAUGCUCUCAGUCGUCGGGAUGUGGACCUUGUGAACAGGAGGAGAAAUCAAACACAUUCCGUAGAAAAUCACAUGAUACGCAGUUUUGCGAAACCGCAACGUCUUUAUCAGCUGAUGUUGACGGAGGUAACGAUGGUUUGUCAUCAUCAUGUACUGGUCACACUGAAGUUGCUGUGAAACAAUCAACAUGUAGUCCAAAAGACAUUGUUUGUUGUAGUUGUGCUGACAGUUCUUCUAGCAUUCAUACUCCUGCUUCAAGCCCUUCAUUCGGAUCAUGUACUUGCUCUAAUACAUUAAGCUUGGGUGAUCAAGUUACACAAUGUGAACAGUCAAAACCUACAAUUACUACAGUUCCAUCUUCUACUAAAGUUAGUGCCCUUCAAGGAAGUAAAAAAAGCUCUAAUAAUAACAACAAAAAAGAAACAUCACAGUCGAAUAAAAAUGAGGCAGACAGUCACUUCUACUUGACUAGCACUGCAUAUUUCAAGAAAAAUAUUUUACAAAAAAACAGCACUUACAAUUAA